AUGGCCCUUCUGUCGCGGCCUUCUCUCCGCUCUGUGCGACGCCUGGAUAGCCAGCCCGACAGAGACCGUCGCAAGAGCUCUCCAGACUGCUUGGAUACCACCGUCGACGAGACUCGCGUCAGUCCGCUGAAGGCGCGCACUCAACGUCGUGCUUCCUCCUCAUCUACCAGCACGGUUGUCCCCAGACAAUUGGCUCCAGCCACCCAGAACGGAAACAGCAAGAGUCGCGCACGUCGUGAUCCCGUAACGCCCGCAACACCCUCAGCGGACCUACUACGUGGGGUCCAUGAAUCGCCUGACCCGCUAGAUACGAUCUCUCCUGCGCCAAAGCAGCGCAAUCUCACUACUGCAAUCACAGACGAUGUCCGACCCCCCGCUUCCCCCGUGAAACGCCCUCCGCGCAACGAGCCACUGGGCGGGGACGGCGCGUCCGAGACCCCCGAUCGCAAGAGCGACGACCAGACUGGCGAGAAGAGUGCUGGACGACGGUCGCUGCGCUCAACGGAUACCGGAUCGCGAUGCAAAAGCGAGCUCGCCCAGUACUUCCACAAUUACGAACAGAUCAUCAGCCUGGAGGACCCUGAACCUGAGUUCCUCGCAGCAAAAACAACAAUUACAGUCAUAGACAACCUCCCUCGACCCCUCCCAGUUCCUCCGCAUAAUCCUACACCCUUCGGAAAUCCCCUUCUCAACCCGUACGGCUGUGAAAAGCUCGCACUCCCCACCCCUCCCCAAGACCCUACCGCCACAGAUCCCCUCUCGGAAGAGACGUACUUUCGCGCCCACCGCAAAUUCGAAAGGCAAGAAAAGCAAUUGCGCAACAUUGAACGUAACCGUGCCCAGCAUGAGCAACAAGUCCUGGAACGUCUGCUGGACGAGCUCCGAGGCCAUGAAUGGCUACGAACAAUGGGCCUCCCGAACGUUCACGAGUCAGAGAAGAAAAACUACGAACCCAAGCGCGACAUCCUCAUCCAGGAACUCGUCUCACUAGUCAACAAGUUCCAAGCCUGGAAAGAUGAAGAAAGACGCCGCAGACUCGAAAAAGAGAAACCAGAUGAACCCGGUCCUCGGAAACAUUCCCGCAUCGAGGAAGAUAGUUCCCCUCCACCAGCCGAUUUGCAAAGUACCCCUGAUCCCAACGAUGUGGACGCCUUAGCCGCCAGACAAUUACACCAGGAGGCACGUUCAGCGGGAGCGAAAUCGCGGAAGCGAAAGUCCACGAAAUCCACCGCCGAAGAGGAACCUAAACCCAGUCCUAAGCGCAAAAAGCCCAAUAUAACCAUGCCAUUGACCUCGGCCUCGACUGCCGAUGCAAAGCCUCCCUCAGCUCCAGUCCCAACACCCCCAAAGAACCUCAAACAAGCCUCCCUCUCUCUAUUCUGGGCCCCGGCACCCCGCGAAGGCCCCUUUACCUCCUUCUUCCGUCAGCGCCAUGUUCGCGAUGCGGCGAUGGCGGCAGCAAAUGGGACUCGACGUGCCGGAUCGCGAUCGACGCUAGCGUUUGGACAUCCAGUGCCUGAACUGCCGGAGGCCGAUUUCGAGUUACCUGGGGAUAUAUUGACCGAAGAGGCUAUUCUCCAGUCACAGCGGAAGAGAAGGAGGUUGAAGAGGAGGAGUCAGGGAUGA